AUCUGUUCUUUGUUGAAUCUCCAUGGCAAGGGAUCAAGCUACCAUCUUCAGUUUCCGUUGUUUAUGCUUCAUUAUCUUCGUUCUUUCUGUUUUCUCAUCCAUCUCAUUCGUCAUUUGGUCUCAAUAUACUGGCUUCUUUGAUUUCCAAAACCAGGUAACUCUGCAAAAUCAAAAUCAAUUCAUUAAUAUCCUAUCUUUUCCUUCUGCAUGGAACCACCUAUCUUUUCCCUCAGGGCCACCUCCGAAGUUGCUUAAAAUUGCCCUCUUUGUGAAGAAAUGGCCGCAUAAGCACCGUGCAGGAGGGCUUGAACGUCAUGCCUUAACCCUCCAUCUUGCCCUUGCCCAAAGAGGCCAUGAACUCCACAUUUUCACCACUUCUUCUCUGAACCCUUCCUUCCCAUCAUUCCCAAUUGGUACUUUGUAUUUUCACCUCUCAAAACCAACAGCUGCUGGUUAUCUAGACCAAGCUGUAGUUUGGAAGCAAUUCCAACACCAAAAUUCAACUGGAAAACCCUUUGAUGUGAUCCAUACUGAAAGUGUUGGGCUCAUGCACACUCGAUCAAGGAAUUUGACUAACCUAGCUGUUACUUGGCAUGGAAUUGCAUAUGAAUCCAUUCAUUCUGACAUCAUUCAGGAACUUCUUCGAACUCCUGAAGAACCACUGGCAUAUUCAUUGACUGAAAGAGCUAUGAAGGUUGUUGAAGAAGUAAAGUUUUUCCCACAUUAUGCUCACCAUGUUGCAACCAGUGACCAUGUUGGGGAAGUUUUGAAAAGGAUCUACAUGAUCCCAGAAGAACGAGUUCAUAUUAUUCUCAAUGGUGUAGAUGAGGAGAUUUUCAAGCCAAAUGCAGCCAAGGGGAAGGAUUUUAAGAAGAAAUUUGGCAUUCCGCAAUCUAAGACACUGGUUUUGGGUAUUGCUGGGAGAUUAGUGAAGGAUAAGGGACAUCCGUUAAUGUUUGAAGCUCUGAUGCAAAUGCUCAAAGAAAAUGAUACAUUUCGGGAAACAGCGAUUAUUCUUGUUGCUGGAGAUGGUCCUUGGAGUGACAGAUACAAAGAUCUUGGGGCCACUGUACUGGUUUUGGGGACAUUGGAACCUGCUCAGCUGGCAAGUUUUUAUAAUGCAAUAGAUAUAUUUGUAAACCCUACUCUUCGAGCUCAGGGAUUGGAUCAUACUUUGUUAGAAGCAAUGCUUUCUGGGAAGCCACUAAUGGCUACAAGGCUUGCCAGCAUUACAGGGUCUGUGAUUGUUGGUACAGAAAUGGGUUAUACAUUUUCGCCUACUGUUGCUUCACUCAAGGGGACCCUUUACAGGGUUUGGCAUGAUGGAAGAGGAGUUCUGGAGAGGAAAGGCCAGCUGGCUAGGCAGAGGGGUCUGGAGUUGUUCACUGCCACCAAGAUGGCAGCUGCUUAUGAAAGGCUAUUUCUUUGCAUCUCCAAUGAUGAGGAAAACAGGGAUAGUUACUGUACUUACCAACCUUCAUUCCAAUGAAAUGUCAAGAUCAUCCUAGGAUCGAGUUCUGGGGGUAGUGUUUGGACAAAUCCAUGAGUUUCUAUUAUAUUGCCACUUCUGGGGUCAAGUAGAUUUAGGUGCAACCACACUUUAGGUUAUGUUCGCUGCAUUUAAUCUGCAAAUCAGGAGGAGAUAUGAGUCAUACAUCCCAGUGAGAAAAAUGAAGCUUACCUGAGCUUCAUGGAUCUACUUUCUGUGUUAAUUGCAGUAGGGAGAUAGAAAAGCUCAAUCAGAGAAAGCUUUCUAGGAGAUAAGAACAGUUAAAUUUCAGACAGGUACUACCCUCAGGUGAAGAAAAUGGGACAGAAGCUUCCUUUGCAGUUUUGCUUUCCAAGACACCCAAGAAUCAUGGUGAAGCUGGAAGUUGCUAUGGUCAAUCCUAAAUGUUGUAACCUCACUGUACUUGUAUGAAGGUUAUAGAUUACCUCAACCAGAAGCAGAUUGGAUAUCAUAUAUGGCCUUGACUCUAAGCCUAGGUACUUAUUUUUGGAAACUACUGGUGUAACAUCCCAUAUCAUCAGCUUAGCCAACAAAAGUCACUGUAUGUAUUCUCAGAUGCAAUUGGCAACAUUUGAAUCAUGCAUUGUUUUCUGCAUUUAAAACAAUCAUGUGCCGUAUUUCAUAUCA